CUGGGGUUGGGAAAAGCACGUGCGUUUCCUACUGAUUUCAUCUUCUUCCCGCUUCAGAUAAUAUGAUACCGAUACUAUUCUCUUCUCUUUACGUUUCAGUCUAAUUUAACUUGGCUAAUGCCAUAGCCAUGGACUCGAUUCUGCACUCGUCCUUGGAAGAAAUCUGUUCGGAAGGCCGAAACGGUCUCCCUCUCAAAUCCCUCUGUUCCAGGCUCCAGUCCUCUCUUUCCUCCUUCAAUCUCGACGUCUCUGAUCGGGGCCUCAAGCAAGCCUUAUGGGCGGGGCUUCGCUCUGUCCCCACCCUCAAAUUCCAGAGCCAGAAUCAGAAGGUCCAGUACAGCCCAACCGACCCUUUGAUCCAGUCCGUCCAAGACGCAGAGAAGCUCAAUGUGAAGCUGGUAGCCGACCAGCGGCUCAUGAACAGCUUCUUGGGCCUCUACAUUGCCCACUCUUCCAUUGACAACAUGUGCCAGUAUCAACGCCAAACACUCGAAAGAGUUGCCGGUGCUAGAACGGAUGGAAUUACACAAAGUCAACUUUCUAAGGAACUUGGCAUUCAAGGUGAAAACUACCAUUACAAAGUGAGGAACCUUGAAUGUCAAGGUUUAAUUGUGAAGCGACCUGCACUGGAGAGGAAAAAGAAUGCUGGUGAUGAAGGGCAAUCAAGCAACAAUUUGAGUGUGAGUACUAAUGUGAUAUACUUAUAUCGCUAUGCAGAGAAUUUAAGCUCUCAACAAAAAAUUGAGAUUACCAAGGUAGAACAGACUAAGGAGAGUUCUGGGAAUGCAAAAGAAAUUCCUGCAGGUGGAGAUGGUUUUUCUGGAAAAGGGGUUAAAGAGGAUGUGCUUGUGAAGAAGGACUAUUUAAUAUCAGCAAUGAAGGCAGUCUGUGAUAAACUUGAACAAGCCAAUGGGAAGGUUCUUGUUUCGGAUAUCAAGAAGGAUCUAGGUUACAGUGGAACUCGUCCCGGGAAUAGAGCUUGGAGGAAGAUUUGUGGCAAAUUGGAAGCUGCUGAUAUUGUGAAAAAGUUUGAAGUUCAAGUGAAUAAGAAGGUUGAGCAAUUCCUGGGUUUGCUGAAAAAGUUUUGUCCAGUGAGUUUUGAUCCAAAAAAUCCUGGGCAGGUGAAAUUCAUAAAGAAAUGUCAAACCACUGAUCUGCUUGUAGAACUUCCAAUUGAGCAUCAAAUUCAGGAAUUGAUUAAUGCUGCAGGCUCAGAGGGCAUUAUUAUGUCUAAUGUUUCGAAGAGGCUUGGAAUUGGCAGGAAAGAGAGUGAUAAGCUGAUUGAAAGUAUGUGCUCUAGGUUUGGGAUGAUUAAGAAGAAAGAAAGAAACAAAAAAAUCCAAGAAUAUCGAGUUUGGGCACUGGGGAAAUGCAAUUCUGAAUCAGCCAAUGCAUUCCUUAAUAAAUCAGAAAAUCUCAAUCAAAAUCAAACUCUUUCCACAUGUGACUAUUCAACUUUGACAGAAACGGAAACAAAUGACACCUCAUCAGAAAGACCACCUGCUGUGUUAAAGCCAUGUAGACCAUGUCUGUCUUUGACAGUGGAUGGUUCCAUAAGGGAAGAAAGGAUAAUUAAACAGUUACAGGAUAAAGGGGAUGGAGUUCAAUCUCAAAAACGUAAACAUGCUUCCCUGAAAAGGAAGAGAACUUCUGAAGCAAGGUCAGUAGAGUUCACAGAAGUUGACGAGGUAACUAGACGGUUGAAAGAGCAGAGGCUUGCUACAUUACCUGUUACUGAGAAACAAUUAAUGGAAGAAAGAAAUCUCUUGGACACUUCUGGCGAGCAUGACUCACAUUUGCAUGCAUUCCAGAGGGAUGGUGAUCAAGAAAUUGAGCAGGAACCUGAACCAAAUGAAGAUGGUGAGGGGUGUUAUUCAACCUUAAGCAAGUGUGCUUUUUCAAAGUUGAAGCCGACACGACAAAGCAGGUUUUCAUGGACUGAGGAGGCUGACAGGCAAUUGGUUAUCCAAUAUGCAAGACGCUGUGCAACUCUUGGGGCAAAAUAUUAUCACCAGAUAAGUUGGGCUUCACUUCCUGACCUUCCAGCACCUCCUAGUACCUGCAAAAGAAGAAUGUCAUAUCUGAAGAAUAGUAAUGGAAAAUUUAGAAAAUCUCUAAUGAUGCUCUGUAACAUGCUCAGCAAGCGAUAUGCAAAGCUCCUGGAAAAAACCAAGAACAGGUCACUAAACAAUGAUGAGUGCAGACAACUUUUGCAAGGUUCAACAGGAGAAGACUAUAACAUGAAUUUUCCCAACAUCAGUGGCCAUAAUCAAGGGAGGAGUCUUCAGGAAGAACCAUGGGAUAAUUUUGAUGACAAUGAUAUUAAAAAAUCCCUGGAUGAGAUACUUCACAACCAGAGGAUGACUAGAUUGGAUGCCACCAAAAGAUAUGGAUCUACCUAUGAGGAAGGAUCAGAUCUUAAUACAAAUGCUGAAGAAGAUGACCCCAAGGAAUCUGAAUUAAUUGUAUCAACUGUUCCAUAUGAGGAUAUUCAGAAUCAUAGAGGCGUUUCUGCACAAAGACUAAGUUGUCAACAACUUCAUAACAACUUCUUUAAACUUUUGCAUGAAGGAGUUGUUAGUACACCAGCGUACAAAUCUUUGGCUGUAGAGCUGUUUAAGCUUGUCUUCUUGAGUACCACAACAGCACCAGAAGAACAAAACCUGGUUGCAGAAAUUCGACAGCGUUACUCAAAGUGUGAUCUUUAUGCAGCUCUGAACUACCUAAGAGAUAACAAAAUUUUGAUUGGGGGUACUGACAGUCAACCUUUAUCUCUCUCGCCUCAGUUUUUCCCUAAUAUUUUCAAGUCACCAUUUCCAAUUGAUUCUGGAAAGAGAGCUGCCAAACUUUCUCAUUGGCUCCACGAAAGGGAUAAAGAUCUUAUGGAAGGGGGGAUUGAUCUCUCUGAAGAUUUAGAAUGUGGGGACUUAUUUCAUUUGUUUGCUCUAGUUUCUUCAGGUCAGCUGUCAAUUUCCCCAUGCUUGCCUGAUGAAGGAGUGGGUGAGGCUGAAGAUUUGAGAAGCUCAAAACUCAAAAUUGAAAGCAAUGAAUGUUUGAACACUAAAAAACUAAAAUCCUUGGUAUCCGAAAGUGAAAUGAUUUCCCGUCGAGAGAAAGGUUUCCCAGGUAUCAUGGUAUCUGUAUAUCGUGCAGAAUCUUCUGCAUCCAAUUGUGUAGAUUUUUUCAAAGAUGAUGACACUUCAAGUGGUGAAAAACAUUUUGGUGGAAAUGAUCGACUAGACAGCACUUCAGUGAUCCCCCGUGCAGGAGAUUGUGAUUCUGGUGGUGCUCAUUCACAGAGGGAAACAAAUAUGAAUGUUAAUGAUGUGCAUAAAGUGACCAUUCUUAGUUCCCCUGAAGAGGUUGCUGAGCGCUCGUAUGAAAAACAAACUUGCAGUGUGCCUGAAGGCUGCAUGGAAGUUGUUUCAGCUAGAGGACAUAGUGACAAUGAAUCUUCUAAAUUCACUUGUGGUAAAUUAUGUGUGCCAAUACUGCCAUGGAUAAACGGUGACGGGACCAUUAACAAGAUUAUCUAUGAGGGACUCAGACGGCGUCUUCUUGGGAUUGUGAUGCAAAAUCCAGGGAUAUUAGAGGAUGAAAUUAUGGGGAAGAUGGAUGUACUGAAUGCGCAGACUCGCAGAAAAUUGUUGGAGUUGAUGGUUCUGGACAAGCAUGUUCUUGUGAGGAAGAUGCGUCAAAAUGUAUACAGUGGCCUCCCAGCAAUUCUAAGGACCCUCCCUGAAAUCAGUUUCCCUCCACAAAAAUUGGUUUUCCGUGAGCAUUUCUUUGCAAAUUCCAUGAGCUCGUCCUUGCUGUAGAGAUGUUUUAGCUCUGUUGGAGAAUUAUACUGUAUGGAUGGGCCAUGGAUAAUCAACCACUACCAACAAUGGGCACCCAUUGCUUUUUUCCCAUUGUUAUUUAUUGUAAAUCUAAU